GAACCUAAAUCUUGGAAGGUGAAGAUGUCGGAGAAGAUCCUCGUGACUGGUGGAGCCGGCUACAUAGGAAGCCACUGCGUGCUGGAGCUGAUUGAGGCGGGCUACACCCCCGUGGUCAUUGAUAAUUUUCACAAUGCCAUCCGAGGGGGCAAGGCCUUGCCUGAGAGCAUUCAGCGGGUGCAGGAGAUAGUCGGGAAGGAGAUCCUUUUCCAGGAGCUGGAUGUUCUCGAUGAAGCCGGCAUCCAGGAGCUCUUCAAAAAGCAUCGUUUCUCGGCCGUGAUGCAUUUAGCAGGGCUCAAAGCAGUCGGAGAGUCAGUCCAGAAGCCGCUGGAAUACUACAAGGUGAACCUCACUGGGACCAUCCGCUUACUGGAGACCAUGAAAGCGCACGGGGUCAAGAAUCUGGUGUUCAGCAGCUCGGCCACGGUCUAUGGGGCCCCUGCCUACCUCCCCCUUGAUGAAAACCAUCCCGUUGGUGGCUGUACGAAUCCCUAUGGCAAGUCCAAGUAUUUCAUCGAAGAGAUGAUCCAAGAUUUGUGCAAGGCUGAGCCGGACUGGAAUGCUGUUCUUCUGCGAUAUUUCAACCCUAUCGGAGCCCAUAAGUCGGGAAGGAUAGGAGAGGAUCCCCAGGGCAUCCCGAACAACCUGAUGCCUUAUGUUGCACAGGUGGCAGUGGGACGCAGGGAGUUCCUGAGUGUAUUUGGGAAUGAUUAUAACACAGUCGAUGGGACAGGCGUUAGAGAUUACAUCCAUGUGGUGGAUCUGGCCAAGGGCCAUAUUGCAGCGCUGAAGAAGCUGAAGGAGAACUGCAGCUGCAAGAUAUACAACCUCGGGACCGGUGUUGGCUACUCCGUCCUGCAGAUGGUCAAAGCCAUGGAGAAGGCAUCAGGAAGGGAGCUCAAGUACAAGAUCGUUACACGUCGAGAAGGGGACGUGGCCACCUGUUACGCCAACCCUGCCCUUGCGGAGCGGGAGCUGGGCUGGAAAGCUGUUUUCGGGCUGGACAAGAUGUGUGAGGACUUGUGGAGGUGGCAGUCACAGAACCCCACCGGCUUCAGCAAGAACUAGAGCUCCAGGCAGCGUCUUCCC